AUGGACUUUCUCUCUCGGUCCCGUCGCAUCACCUACUCACCACAUCCUCUUACAUCUUUCCGCGCAACCCAGUCAGAGACUUGGAUCAAUCCUCAGAGCCAUUCGAUAAUAGAGGAUAGUCUGAUUGCGCGCGUCAAAGGCGACACUCUCGUGCCGAGCACAUCGUUACCUGCAAGAAAACUGCCACUAAACCAGCUAAGCGAUGAGGAACUCCUGGCGCGGUUCACCCAUGGGUUCUUUGGCGGGAUGUUAUUUGCUACUGAAAGACUCAUUUUAGCAUCCGGUGUAUGGAGGUUAAUGGCGGUACAAAUAAAAGGUCUCAGUCAAACAAACCCAUUGACGCUGGUUACAGGGCCUACCAGCCUCAGCCUACAAUCACCAAAGGACAUAUGGAGCGCCGCUGAAAUUCCAAUGACGACAUUGCUCCCCUUGCACUCAAGGCUCUUUGGCUCAUUCCAAGUCACCGACUCGCAAUUGGUUGGUCAAACACAGCAGACCUUAGCCUCAACAAUUACAUCAAAGAUGAAAGUCCACGAUGCUCAAAAAAACUACUCAUAUAUUGAUUUUGGGUUUGGAAGAGGAAAUUUUGCCGGAUGUCACAGAUUGUCUGUUCACCGACAGAGGUCUGUUGAUGAUAUUUCUCCUGGUAUCGAGGGUACAGAUCCCAGUGAUAGUGUGAUAGAAUUCCGUCUAUCGCAUUUUCACUGCAACCCAGCAGGCGGCAAGCUGCACAACCUCUCCAUUCUAGAGAGCUUUCAUCAGAUAUAUGCCAAACUAUUGUUUACUGAUGCAUUAAGGCUUCUCUGCUAG